GGCAUCUUAACAAGCACAACGAUUGAGAGAAAGAUCGACCAAAAACUCUCUUUUGCCUAGAAAAAAAAGUAGGUCUCACACAAUGGCUUCUUCUUCUUCUUCUUCUCCUUCUGUUAUAGGACUGACCCGAACGGGACCGCAAGUGUUCAUCAACUUCCGGGGACUAGAUAUUCGCAGAGGCAUUCUGAGCUUUCUCGUGCCCGCUUUGAGCAAAGAAAAUGUCAACGUCUUCAUAGACGAUCGAGAGGUGAGGGGAGAACACCUUACAAACCUGUUUCAAAGAAUCGAGGAGUCGAAGAUCGCGCUGGCAAUAUUCUCCGAGAAGUACUCAACGUCAGAAUGGUGCUUGGACGAGCUAGCCAAGAUCUAUGAAUGCGUGAAGAUCGAGAAACUUAACGUGAUCCCAGUCUUCUACAAGGUCAAGGUUGCUUCUGUUAAAUAUCGUACUGGAGACUUCGGUGAUCAGUAUAGGAGACUGAGGGGAAAACAUAACGUAGCAGAGCCAGCAAGAGUCCAGAGCUGGAAAGAUGCCUUGAUGUCCGUUCCCUUGUUCUUUGGCUUGUCGAUGUCGGAAACUAGUGGCAAGACCGACAAAGACUUCGUAGACGAAAUCGUCAAAGAGGUAAAAAAAUCGCUGGAGGAAAUUAAGGCCAGAAAGCCCGAAGCAAUUCAGGAAAGACAUCCCGAAGCGAUUCAGGAAAGACAGCAACCUGAAGCAGCUCAGAUACGACAGGCGGUUGUAGAACGACAGGGUAACAUGAUCAAUGUAAGGCAACUCAAGAUAAGCAGCUCGUUCAAUGCCAGAUAUUGGACCUUUGUGUCUCUAUCCGAGUCACCCAAUGAGGUGGCCAUUGAAGUUGCAAAGAUGAGAGAAUGUCCUUAUCUAGAUGUGUGCGGAAAGUUAGAUACCAAAGAACUUACAUCGGGGACAAAGUACGAGGUGGUGUUCGUGGUGAAAGUAGAGGAUACAAUGUCUAGAUGGGAUUAUCCGGCGAAGGUACAACUGAUGGUACCCGAUAAGGAGCUGCAAGAGCGGGAACUGCAGUUUGUUGAUCUCAUAAAAAACGAGUGGGUUGAUAUUCAGGCUGGAGUUUUCGUUGCGCAGCCGCAUAAGGAGAAGGUCGCUUUCUGUUUGUAUCAGCAUAACGCUGACAAGAAGAUGACGGGGCUUCAGGUUAAAGGUGCUAUAGUUCGUCCAAAGGAGUAAGUCAAAGGCAUGCACAAGCCACGUACACGCUGAUGAAUAAUGGUUGAGUGACCCAUCUUUAUAU